AUGGCCAGCGACAAGAAGGACCACCCAAAGAUCAGCGUGAGUGUAAUAUACACGGAGAAGAUCGAUCACGCAGAUGGCUACUUCACACCCGGAGGAGAAUACAUCAAGCACCAUGGCUUGAACUGGGUGAUUACAGGGCUUUUUCUGGUCGGAGACAUAGCCGGAGGGGGGCUUGUCGCCUUGCCUACGGCAAUGAUACAGUCUCGUGAGUUAAUUUUUAAACUUCAUAAUAUUUUUAUAAUAUUAUGGGGGGGGGGGGCUGUCUUACAUCAAUAUUCUUGAGAGUAAUGUCUUAUAGCUCAAAAAGAUCAGUUUGUACAGUACCUUUUCCAAAACGUUUUAUACUUGAUAUAGUACGUCAGUAAUAGUGAAUUUCAGAAUUCUGGGUGGGUAUGUUAGCAAUGUUCAUAAUGACCCUAGUAACCGGGUACACAUCAUAUGUACUCGGCUUGAGUUGGAUGAUAUUGAUCAAGAACUGGCCUGAGUACAGAAGUCAUACUAGGAAACCGUAUCCAGAAAUUGGCUACAGAGCGUGUGGAAGGAGGAUACGGUAAGAAUAAUUUUAUAUUUUAAAAAUUUUUUAGGUAAAUAUUCAUGAAGAACCACAUAGUUUUGACAAUAAUCUUUGACUUUUUUAGAUGCUGAUAGAUAAAGUAAGAAAACUGAAGUAAUGAAUGUCAUUUCAGAAACCUGGUGUCGUUGUGCAUCACCGUGACUCAAUUCGGUGUAGCUGUUGUAUAUAUUCUGUUAGCCUCCAAGAACAUCCAUGACUUUGUGCAAACCUUCUUUGACGCCGAACUCAGCUACUGUUAUGUCAUCUUGGUGGUGUCACUAGCCCUUCUACCAGUCACCUUCCUCAAGUCCCCUCAAGACUUUUGGGCGGCUGUAGUCUUGGCUAUGUUCACAACAGCAGCUGCCGUCAUCCUUAUCAUUGUUGGUGCUGCUAUCGACAGUGGUACCUGUUCAGCUGAACGAGCGAUGCCAGACUUUAGAAUCACCAAUUACUUCUUGGCUUUGGGUACAGUAAUCUUCUCUUACGGAGGUCACGCCGCUUUCCCGACUAUUCAACAUGAUAUGAAACGACCUCAGGAGUUCACGAAGAGUACCAUACUGGCAUUUGCUUGUACUUGGGGAAUGUACAUGCCUGUCUGCAUAAUAGCUUACUUUACUUACGGAGAUUCAUUACGUGAUUCCAUCAUCAACAACAUCCAGACACAGUGGAUUCAGAGGGUGGUGAACAUGCUGAUUACAGUACAUUGUAUAUUAACCACGACUAUUGUCAUCAAUCCUCUGAAUCAGGAGGCCGAAGAAAUGUUUAAUGUUCCUCAAGGUAAGGCUUGACAUCCUUCUUGGAAAAUUUGUGUAUAUAAAAAAUGUUUUUUUGUUAAACUACGUUGAUCUGAAUAUGGUGCUUUAGACUUUUCAAUGAAGCGAGUAGUGGUCCGAACAGUAGUUAUGGGUAUCCUCGUUUUUGUGGCUGAAUCUGUACCAAACUUUGGUCCUCUUUUGGACUUGGUAGGAGGCUCUACAUUAACAUUGUCUUCAAUUUUGUUACCGUGUAUAUUCUACACAUUCCUAAAGACGGCUGAAGAAGAACAUGCCAAACAGAAUGAUCCUAAAGCUCCUAUGAGAAGAGUAUCAUGGAGAAAGUAAGUGGUACUAAAGCUAAUUUUAUGACUGAAUAUUGGAUUUUUAAGUGACAUUUUUAGUAAAUGUUACCUAAAUUUUAAUAACCUCAAAAAGUAGAAUCUCCCGGCUCUUUUAAAAAAUUUAAUAUACGUCUUCUUAUUUCAGAGCCAUAGAAAAGCACGAUGUUAACUUCUACAUCUGUUGCUUCAUCAUUUUCUUUGGGAUUCUCGGUGGAAUGGCAGCUACCUUCUCGGCUGUCCACGGCCUUACCAUUACUCAUUUCAUCGCUCCGUGUUAUAUCCAACCCUUCCUAAAGUCAAAAGCAGCAGAGAAGAUAGGUGCCAUGAACUGUUGUGGUCAUUUCCAGAACAUUACCAGGCUGGCUGAUACUUUAAAAUGUUCGAAACCAGAUAUGAACUUUUACAACUAG